AUGUUUCCCACCGGUAGGGAUCCCACCCAAAGGCCCUCCGCCAAAACUGUCAUCUCUGCAGCAGCCUCAGCUGCCGCCACAGUUGUGCUCCUCCGCUCCAUUGUUAGGGAGUAUCUUCCUUAUGAGUUCCAAAGCUACAUCUCCUUCAAACUCAAAACCUUGAUCAAGUAUUUUUCUUCAGAAUUCACUUUAGUUAUUGAAGAAUAUGACAACCUUAACCAAAACAAGCUCUUCAAAGCCGCAGAGCUCUAUCUUGAACCCAUAAUUCCUCCGGAUGCAAAGAAACUCAAGAUUUCACAGGCCAACAAAGAAAGUAAGUUCUCAUUAUCGUUAGAGAAAAACCAAGAAAUUGUUGAUAUCUUUAAUGGGGUUACGUUGAGAUGGAAGUUCAUGUCAAAACGGGUGCCAACGAAGUAUAUGCCAAGCAAUGAUGAUUUUAACUCUGUACCAAUAUCUGAGGAUAAGUCAUUUGAGUUGAGUUUUCACAAGAAGCAUAAGGAUAUGGUUAUUGAUGUUUACUUAAAGCAUGUGAUUGAAAAAUCAAAAGAAAUGAAAGAGGAGAAGAAGAGAUUGAGGCUUUUCACCUUAAGGCAUGAUAGGAUGUCAGGGAGGAGAUUUGAUGUAUGGCAAGGAGUGAAUCUUGAUCAUCCUGCUACAUUUGAUACGUUAGCAAUGGACAUGAAAGAGAAGAGGGUGAUCAUGGAGGAUCUCGUGAGGUUUGUGAAGAGAAAGGAGUUCUAUAGGAGAGUGGGCAAGGCAUGGAAACGUGGGUACUUACUGUUUGGGCCACCAGGGACGGGAAAGUCGAGCUUGAUUGCUGCAAUAGCUAACUAUCUCAAGUUUGAUAUCUAUGAUUUGGAAUUGACUGAUCUUAGGACCAAUUCUGAGCUUAGAAAUUUGUUGAUCUCAACUGAGAAUAAGUCCAUACUUGUGGUGGAGGACAUCGAUUGUACCAUUGAAUUACAGGAUAGGCUUGCACAAGCCAGAGCUGUUAAGCCUUUGCGACCUAAUUCAGCAUUUAACCAAGUAAACCAGUAUCAGGUGACCCUAUCAGGAUUGCUGAACUUUGUAGAUGGAUUGUGGUCAAGCUGUGGGGAUGAACGAAUCAUAAUUUUCACUACCAAUCACAAAGAAAAGCUCGAUCCUGCUUUGUUGCGACCCGGUCGUAUGGAUGUACACAUUCAUAUGUCCUAUUGCACUCCAUGUGGAUUCAAAAUGCUGGCCUUCAACUACCUUGGGUUUACAGAGCACCCACUUUUCACAGAUGUUGAAGAGAGAAUAGAGAUAGCAAAGGUUACUCCUGCAGAAGUAGGCGAGCAACUACUGAAAUACGAGGAACCCGAGAGUUCUUUAACAGGUCUUAUUGAGUUCCUUGAGUAUAAGAAAAAAGAAAGAUUGAAGAGAGAGAACGAUGGGAACAAGGAUAGCAAUGAAGAAUCAGGAACGGCGGAGGGAAAAGCUACACAACAGCUUGACGGGACCAAUGUUGAAAUUGCGAAAAAAGAGGAAGGUGAAUAA